CACCGUCGCCGUCGUCGUUGACCGCCGUCCACUCUUUCCUGCCCCUCUUUUUCUCCUAGGCGUCGACGCCGACUGCAUCCCAGCAUGGCGUACCGCCAGAACACCCAACCCCAGGAUUAUCACAUCGACAGCUACUACGGGAACGAAUACACCGCUGGCGGCGCCCCCGGCUACCCCCCUCCAUCGAAUGGAGGCUACAGCACCUACAACACCGGCCAACAAGGCUACGGACACGGCGGGCAGUACGCCCAGGGCCAGUACGAGCAGGACUGGGACUCCAAGUCCGCCAAGUCGUACCAGAGCAGCCAUGUCGGCUCGCAGGCGCACCUCGCGCCGUACGAGAUGAGCCAGGUCUCGUCGAACAUCCCGCCCGUCCCCACCAUGCCGUACCAGCCCGACUACCCGCCGGUGGGCCCACAGCACCCGAAUCUGUACCACCAGAACAGCUACGGGUCGCACUACAACUCCGCGCGCGAGAAGAUGCUCAAGCGCCGCUCCGUCCGCCAGGUCGAGCUCUUCCAGGGGAACCUUGUGCUGGACAUGCAGGUCCCCUCGCAUAUUAUACCCGGCGAUAAGAAGAGCGAUGAGGAGUUCUCGAAGAUGCGCUAUACGGCGGCGACGUGCGACCCGGAUGAUUUUAUGAAGUCGCGUUAUACGCUGCGGCAGUAUCUGUCGGGGAGACACACGGAGCUCUUCAUCGUGAUGACCAUGUAUAACGAGGACGAGGUCCUGUUCGUGAAGACGAUGAACGCCGUGCUUAAGAACGUCGCACAUCUCUGCAGCCGGAGCCGGUCAAAAAUGUGGGGCGCGGAAGGUUGGAAGAAGGUCGUCGUCUGCGUAGUCUCCGAUGGCCGUAACAAGGUCAACAAGCGCACCCUUCACGUCCUCAGUUUGAUGGGCGUGUACCAGGAAGGUAUCGCGAAGGACUCCGUCGCUGGCAAGGAUGUCACGGCGCACAUCUUCGAGUACACCUCGCAGGUCAUGGUUACCGAGACCGGCGAGAUCUCGCAGAACGCCUGCCCCGUGCAAAUUCUGUUCUGCUUGAAAGAGCAGAACAAGAAGAAGCUCAACAGUCAUCGCUGGUUUUUCAAUGCCUUUGGCCCCCUGCUCAAGCCCAACGUCUGUGUCCUUCUCGAUGUCGGUACUAAGCCCACCGGCACCUCGAUCUACGAGCUCUGGAAAGCCUUCGACAAGCACGCUAAUGUUGGCGGCGCAUGCGGAGAAAUCUGCGUCGAUACCGGUCGCGCGUGCAGCUUGCUGCUCACCAGUCCGCUUGCGGCGUCGCAGAACUUCGAGUACAAGAUGUCCAAUAUCUUGGAUAAACCGCUGGAGAGCGUAUUCGGAUAUAUUUCCGUGUUGCCAGGAGCGUUCAGUGCCUACCGGUACAAGGCAUUGCAGAACGGCCCGGAUGGCAAGGGGCCGUUGGCGUCGUACUUCAAGGGCGAGACCAUGCACGGCGGUAACAGCAAUGCUGGCUUGUUCGAGCGUAACAUGUACCUCGCCGAGGAUCGUAUCCUGUGCUUCGAGAUUGUCACCAAGAAGCACGAGGGCUGGGUACUGAAGUAUGUCAAGAGCGCGAAGGCUGCCACCGAUGUCCCGACAAGUAUCGCCGAGUUCAUUUCCCAGCGUCGUCGUUGGCUCAACGGCUCCAUGUUCGCCUCCGUUCACGCGACCUUCUUCUGGUGGCGCAUCUGGACCUCCGGCCAGAACUUCUUCCGCAAGAUCUUCCUCCAGCUCGAGUUCAUCUACAACGCCGUUCAGCUUGUCUUCGCCUGGACGCAGCUCGCCAACUUCUACCUCGCGUUCUUCUUCUUGGUGUCCUCAGCGACGAAGGACUCGACGAACGACCCGUUCGGCUUCAUGGCCACGGGUGCGGGGAAGACGGUGUUCGAGGUCAUCUUGAAGCUGUACAUUGCGCUGCUGUUUGUGGUACUCGUGUGUUCUUUAGGCAAUCGGCCGCAGGGUUCGAAGUGGACGUAUAUCUUCUGCAUCGUGCUCUUUGGGUUCUGUAACGUCAUUACGCUGUGGUGCGCUGCGUAUACCGUGUAUCUGGCCGUGCCACACUCGGUUGCCGGCUGGUCAGACUUCCCCAACCUUAUCUCCACGAACGCGACGUUCCGCGAAAUUGUCAUCUCACUGGCGGCUACUUAUGGCCUGUACUUCACUUCGUCCUUCUUGCACUUUGAGCCGUGGCAUAUGUUCACGUGCUUCUUGCAAUACCUCUUCCUCUUGCCGUCUUACGUGAACAUCCUAAUGAUGUACGCGAUGUGCAAUCUUCACGAUGUCACCUGGGGUACCAAAGGUGACAACGGUGCGAAGAAGGACCUUGGUGGCGCCAAGCGCAUCAAGGGCGAAGAUGGCAAGGAGGUUCUUGAAGUCGAGUUGCCCACCACGCGAGAGGAUGUUGACCAGCUUUGGUCUGCCGCGCGUGCUUCCCUGCGCAACAAGCCGCCCGAAGAAAAGGAGCACCGUGAUGCUGCGACCAAGCAGUCUGACCAUGACCGGAACAGCCGCACGAACGUGGUCUUGACAUGGGUUGGAUCAAACAUGGUCAUGAUCGUCGUCUUCACAUCGAACGCUUUCCUCGAGUGGGUGGACCGGCAUGUCGUGGACACUGAGGACUCGACGUUCAACCCCUACUUGAGUUUCCUCUUCUGGGCCCUUGCCGGCCUCUCCGCUAUCCGCUUCACGUUCUCCGUGCUAUACCUCCUCUUGCGGCUAUUCGGGCAAUGAUCAAACGAAUAAUCACCUUGCGUCCUACCUACCUCGCCCCGCGACCUCUUAUCCUUGCAGCCCCCCUCCGUACCGAUCCUUUUCCUUCUCCUCUCUUUCCCUCCGUCCUCUCUUGAACUUCGACUUCGACCUUCGACUUCACAGCCUAACUUAUUCUUACGCGGAGCAGGAAUGUUUAAUGAGGGCUGUCGGUAGCACCGUUGCGCAGGAUAAGGAUGUUGUAAUAUCAUUCGUUCGCUGUAUAGAUAUCUGGAUACCCCUCGA